CUCCCCGCGACCCCGUAGGACAAGGUUUCAGGUGGUACGUGUUAGGAAGUAAAACUGCAGUAAUGUACAGUAUCAAGUACUUCCUUGUGUUUGUCCAACAGAAAUGAGGACAACCUCUCGGUCUUUCAGGCGGACCGAUCUCGAUGAGUGUGUUUCUUUGUUGAUGCUCCGUCACACUGACGCGCGCAUUCCCGAGCGCGCGAGGAAUGGGGAAGCGCGCGCGCGAGGACUCUCCGCCAAAGCCGCUCACCCCACACGUGUAAGAGCUCGAACCUCCGAUCGUUGAGCGGCGGUGAGCUUCUCGAUCUGAACGGGGUCCUUCUUUCUGUGGAGCGGGGCGCGAGCCAUGCGAGGGAACCCGAAGUGAAGGUGUGGAGAAUGUUACUGUGUGUGUGUGUGUGUGCGCGCGCGCGCGUUUAACGAUCCCCGCGCUGUGAUUGGAUAAUGAGCUGAUUGAUUUUAUCAACCCCUCUACGCCCCACCUGGCGGACGCGCGACGCUUCUCCACACCUGCGCAGCACCUGGACGGGACAGCAGCGGAACGACAUGAGGGACCGACUGACUGAGCUGCAGGAGGUUCCCGCUGAUGGCCAGGAGUCCAUGUCCACGUCGGACACCUUCAGCAACGUGGACCUGGACGACGUGGAGCCGCAGCAGGCCGUGGUGUUCGACCAUAACCGCUCCCUGGACACAGUGUUCGAGGAGGCGCAGGAGAUCCGGCGCGAGAUCCAGCUCAUCCGGCUGGACGUGAACCGGCUGAGGGAGCAGAACUCGCGCAUUCUCAGCGAGGCCGCGACCAUGAGCGCCAUCAGCCAGGACUCGAACGCCAUCGCGGCCGACAUCAAGUCCCGCGGCGAGGCCGUGCUGGCGCGCCUUCAGAAGAUGGCGGCACGGAGCAAGGAGCUGGAGGAGACCCAGGGGAGCAACUCGGCGGUGGCGCGCGUCGCCCGCACUCAGUACGUGUGCCUGAGCAACAACUUCCGGGACGCCAUGUUCGAGUACAACGACGCCGAGAUGUCCCACCGUGAGAACUGCAAGUCCAACCUGCAGCGGCAGCUGGAGAUCGUGGGCAAGGAGGUCAGCGGGGAGCAGAUCGAGGAGAUGAUGGCGAACGACCAGUGGAACGUGUUCACGGAGAACGUGCAGGUGGAGGGCAAGACGGUGUACUCGGCCCUGAACCAGAUCGAGAGCCGCCACAAGGAGCUGCUGGAGCUGGAGAACCGCGUGCGGAGUCUCCACGAGCUCUUCCUGGACGCGGCUCUGCUGGUGGAGGAGCAGGGGCCCAUGAUGAACACCAUCCAGGCCAACAUCAACAAGACGGACGCGGAGCUCGGCUGCGCCAUGGUGAAGCUCGGCACGGCCAAGAAGUACGACAGUAAAAACCCCUUCAAGAGGAUCUUCUGCGGCUGCUUCCCCUGUUACAAGUGACCUCUGGUUUUAGAGGGACGACUGAAUUGUGGAGGACGACAGACUCUCCGGGAAGGGUCUACUUCCCUUCCUCUUCCUUUUUUUUACUCUCUACUUUUAAUUUUUACAUCACCCUAGCCUUAAUUCCAGCUGCCAGCACUGAAAAGGAUGUUUUGCUGGCAGUGAACGAGGGGUGGCGCUGCCCUGUAGGGGGCGCUCACACUGUCAAUGUCAAUGAGUGAACUGAAACAGCGAAGGAGAGCUGGAGGACUCGGUGUGGAUGGGUGGUCCAGUCACACACUGGGUUGAGGGUUGGUUGGGGGGAGCUGCCUUGUCAAACCUCGGUCCUCAGCCCCACUUGGGAACGGCUAAAAAUAACUCCCGAAUAGGGGGAUGUCUGGAAACACCCGUUGUCUCAUUUUACUCACUACUGUGUGAAUUCUACCCUGUUACAGUAUAAAUGAACUUAAAUACAGGGAGACCCAUUCUUUUCACUCUGCGAUAAAUGUUUUUGACCCUUUAUUAAAAUGAUCAGUGAAUA